UCCAACCCUAAAUCACAUGCAUUAAUUAUAUUAUAUAUAAAUAAUUUAAUUUAAUUUAAUUAAGAUGGUUCCAAAUUUGGGCGCCACAAAGAAGGAAACAGCCACCAAUGGCAGCAAGGCACGUGGCACGGCUCCGCCGCCGACGUGGUCCCGGCUCAAGGACCCCCGGAUCGUGUGCAUGUCACGUGCCUUCGGCGGCAAGGACCGGCACAGCAAGGUCUGCACCGUCCGCGGAAUCCGGGACCGCCGCGUCCGCCUCUCGGUCCCGACCGCCAUUCAGCUCUACGAGCUCCAGGACCGGCUCGGCCUCAGCCAGCCCAGCAAAGUCGUCGACUGGCUCCUCGACGCCGCCAAGCACGGCAUCGACGAGCUCCCGCCCCUCGAGGUCCCGGACGGAUGCUUCGCCCAAAUGAUCAAUUCUCACACUUUACAUCAGAAACAAAACCCUAAAAUCGGCCGGGACUUCCCCUGGAGCCCUAGUCCCAAUUCCGACAAACUAAUCGCCGGAUCCGACGAAUCCAGGCCGUUGGAUCAACUCGAAAGGGCCUGUUUCCCAAUUCCAGGGCAAUCCAGGGACCAAAGCUCCUGUUUCCAGGUUCCAGGCCUGUACAAUUCGAUCCUGAGAUUCGAUACGUCCAAUUUGGGACCCGGGAGCCCUGGAGUCCCCGAUCAGGACGUUCGAUGCGAUCUGGGUCUUUUUCCGUUGCCGCCGUCGUCGGGAUUUAUGUCGCAUUGUCAGGUUCUUGUUUGUCAGCCAUCACAGGUAAUGACGAUGAACAAUGGUGAGUUUUGUGUCCCUAAGCAAUUAUCUGAUUUUUCGAAUUCCGAUCUUUCGUCGAAUUCUGGCCGCGAAUUUGGCGAUCGGCCUGGAAUGAUGACGGCGGCGAUGAUGCGUGCAUUCGGCGCGGCAACGGCGAAUUUUUUUGGGUUGCCGGAAAAUAUUUCCGGCGAACAAAAUAAUAGUGAGUUUCAUGCAUAAGCUACUUGCAUAGUUAAUAUAUGUAUGUAUUCUUGUGUGUAUAUAGAGAUUGAUGUAUAUAUAAUAUAUAUUGAUUUAUUUUUAAAUUUUUUUGUGUGUAAU